UUAUCCCUACUCUCUCUCUCUCUCUCUCUCUCUCUCUCUCACUGAGCAAAACAGCUCUCAAAGAUCUUUUCUUUGUUCACACGUUUCUCAUUGAUUUCAUCUUCUCACAAAUUCUUGCUCUCUCUCUGCUCCAUUAUUGCUGAUUUUUUUUGGACCUCUCCAUUUCUUCCCUUCUUCUCUUUGGUUUAUAUGUAGUGUUUUUUACCGAGCUGUGGAAAGAUUUUUCUUGCCCAAUCUGGGUUUUUCUUGCUCUGCAUCUUUAUCGGGCCUUUUUGAUAUCAGAGUUGAGGAGCGAUUAAAGGCAACCAAAAUGGGGAAAUUUUCCAUACCCAUGAUGGGGUUUGUGGUUUUGUGCUCCUGGGCAGCUGUUACAGAAGCAGAAUACGUGAAAUAUAAGGACCCCAAACAGCCACUGGGUGCCAGAAUCAAAGACCUAAUGGCUCGCAUGACUCUGGAGGAAAAGAUUGGGCAGAUGUUGCAGAUCGAGCGCGAAGUUGCAUCUGCCGAAGUGAUGAACAAGUACUACGUUGGGAGUGUGUUGAGUGGGGGAGGGAGUGUGCCUGCAUCAAAGGCUUCAGCAGAGACUUGGGUCAAUAUGGUAAAUGAGUUCCAAAAGGGUUCUUUGUCAACUCGUCUUGGAAUCCCGAUGAUUUAUGGGAUUGAUGCUGUCCACGGCAACAACAAUGUUUACAAUGCGACGAUUUUCCCUCACAAUGUUGGUCUUGGAGCUACCAGGGAUCCUCAACUUGUGAAGAAGAUUGGAGCUGCAACUGCACUUGAAGUUAGAGCUACUGGAAUUUCUUAUGCUUUUGCUCCAUGUAUUGCGGUUUGCAGGGAUCCAAGAUGGGGUCGGUGUUAUGAAAGCUACAGUGAAGAUCAUAAGAUUGUUGAAGCCAUGACUGAGAUCAUUACUGGCUUACAAGGAAACAUCCCAGCUAAAUCUAGAAAAGGCGUUCCCUUUGUUGCUGGAAAGGAAAAGGUGGCAGCUUGUGCUAAGCACUAUGUGGGAGAUGGCGGCACAACUAAGGGCAUCAAUGAGAACAAUACUGUGAUCGACAUGCAAGGAUUGCUUAGCAUCCACAUGCCGGCAUAUCUAGACUCCAUCAGCAAGGGUGUUGCAACAGUCAUGGCAUCCUACUCAAGCGUAAAUGGGGAAAAGAUGCAUGCUAAUUAUGAUCUCCUCACUGGCUACCUCAAGAACAAGCUCCGAUUUAGGGGUUUUGUCAUAUCAGAUUGGCAGGGUCUUGACAGGAUUACCUCUCCACCCCAUACUAACUAUUCAAAUUCUAUUGAAGUUGCAGUUAAUGCGGGGAUUGACAUGGUCAUAGUUCCUUACAACUUCACAGAGUUCAUUGAUGGUCUUACCUACCAUGUGAAAAACAAUAUUGUACCCAUAAGUAGGAUCAAUGAUGCCGUGAAAAGAAUAUUGAGAGUAAAAUUUGUCAUGGGUCUCUUUGAGAAUCCAAUGGCUGAUCUUAGCUUUGCCAAUCAACUUGGGAGCCAGGAGCAUAGAGAAUUAGCAAGGGAAGCAGUGAGAAAAUCUCUUGUGCUGCUAAAGAAUGGUGAAUCUGCUGAAAAGCCAUUACUUCCCCUUUCUAAGAAGGCACCAAAAAUACUUGUUGCAGGAAGUCAUGCUAACAACCUGGGUUAUCAGUGUGGAGGCUGGACAAUUGAAUGGGGGGGUGUUGAAGGCAAUGAGCUCACUUCAGGUACCACAAUCCUCACUGCAGUGAAAAAUACUGUUGCUUCUACCACGCAAGUCGUCUACAGUGAGAAUCCUGAUGCACACUUCGUCAAGUCCAACAACUUUUCAUAUGCCAUAGUUGCCGUGGGCGAACACCCCUAUGUAGAGACAUCCGGCGACAGCACAAAUCUAACGAUGGCCGAACCUGGCCCGAGCACCAUCAACAAUGUAUGUGGUUCUGUCAAAUGUGUUGUUGUUAUUCUUUCAGGUCGCCCUAUUGUUAUGGAGCCCUAUCUCUCCACAAUUGGAGCACUUGUGGCUGCUUGGCUUCCAGGCACUGAAGGUCAGGGAAUUGCUGAUGUUCUGUUUGGUGAUUAUGGAUUCACUGGCAAGCUUGCCCGUACCUGGUUCAAGACAGUCGACCAGCUCCCCAUGAAUGUGGGUGACACCCAUUAUGACCCUCUAUUCCCAUUUGGCUUUGGGCUCACAACUGAACCUAUCAAGAGUAACUGAAGCCUCACCCACUUUGAGAGGCCAACUAUAUGACCCAUUUCCUCUCCUCGUAUUGGGGCAAAACAAAAACACUUCUAGCAUAUUCUAGCUCCCCCAUCAGGAGCUUCAGAGUCUCAUUUUCAAGUAGAGCUACUUACCCAGAAGGGUAUGACAAAGAGUGGCAAUUCCAGAGUCAUCCAGGUUACAGAUGAUGAAAUUUCAAAUGACUGCUGUUUGAGAUUGUAUGAAGUGGAAGACUGAUGAUAAUAUUUCAAAAUUGAGUGCAGUGAACUUAUGAAUUGCUGGAAUUGGUGUUGAAGCAUCCAAUUAAGAGAAUGAUUAUUGAGUUAGUAA